UUUAUGACUUAGGUCCCCAAGUAAGGGGACAGACACAUAGAGAACACUGGACAACAAAAGACAACGUCACCAGCUGUGUGCGGGAACUGCCUUAGGUUCUCUUGAGAAGUGGAGAACAAACGGCAGCUGAAAUCCUGGCAUCGUUCUGAAUUGGCAACAUCAGUGGAAUGAAGUGGAUCUGCACAUUGCAGGAUGUCAGUUCCAUCUCAUGCUUGGGUACAUUUCCUCAUUCUCUUCCCACAGACUCUUGUACUUGCAGCAGAUCUGGACUGUUCAUACAAUACCAGAGGAAUUUUGUUCUGUUCAUGGAAUGCAGACAGCCAGUACAACACAGCCCCGUGCAAUGUGUCGGCCAAAGCUGAGGACAGACGUAGGGAUAUAUCAGGAUCAUGCACUCUUUCACUCAACGAAAACCCAAGAAAUUGUGCAGUUCGUUUAACCUAUAAUGGCAAAUAUAAUGACCAUCCUUUGACAGUUGGACAUUACGUAAACAUGACUGUGGACUGUAGCGAUGCGCAUACCAAGAAAAUCGUGACAUGUAAACGUUUUUUACCAUAUGAUCAUGUGCGCCUGGAUCCACCAGAGUCUCUAAAAAUUGAGAUGUCAAAAGAUGGUAUAUGGAAUCUAACCUGGGUCAUUUUUUUACAUCAUAUAUUUUAUACAAAGACUGAAGUCCUCUAUAAACCUGUAAGGGCAUCCUGGCAGGAAGCAAACAAUAUCACACUUUGGGAAAAAGAGCUUUUCGUUUUACUGCGUGGCCUCCAACUCGACACAUCAUAUGAAGCCAAGGUACGAGUAAAGUCAAGGGAUGGUACUGAAGAUCCAGGAGCCAUAUGGAGUCACUGGAGCAAGUCUGUAGAAUGGAGAACUCCUAGUGAAGCACAUUCUCCAGAAAGGAUUUCCUCAGACUCAAAAAUGACAUCAUUGAUAGUGGCUAUGGUCCUCGUGGUCGUGUUUAUAGUAGUGGUGAUCAUCUUCUACCAGAAUAGGGUUAAGAAAAUCAUUUGGAUUGGAGUACCAAGUCCUUCUUCAUUUUUUGACCCUUUAAUGUCUGAAUACAAAGGAAACUUUCAGAAAUGGUUGUCCUCUCCUUUCCCAUUCUCCUCAUUUUCUCCAGAACCAUGUCCUCCUGAUAUUUCUUCUGUGGCUGUUAACUGGAAUAAGGAGGAACAUCAUCCAAAAUCUCUAUUUGAUUACCCACAUGAGACUCAGACUGCAAAGAGCAUACAUUGUGGAUCAAGUUUCUCCAACAGGGGGUACUUCACCCCUAACUGUUUUACAUAUGACCAUGUUGACCACCAAAGUUUUCAAACAAGUACACCUCAUGAGCCUUUGUCAUCCCCAACUGAAGAAAUGCCUCUUUUUCAUGAUGACUACCUAUGUGCCCCGUUCUCCAUAGCAGGUCUCGGCUUCCACAAUAAGUCAUUUCAGCUGGAUUCACCCAAAAGAAACUUGCAGUGGCCGAUACUUGUUGAGGAAAUCAUAGACAAUGCAGAAAAUCAAGAUGAUUGCUCAUCAGACUUACCAUCAACUGAGGAACUGAUUGAAGAAAGUGAAGAUUUUAUUGAGUCACCAGGUGCUUCCUCCACAGCUGCUUUGGUGUUUCAUGAUGUUCAACCUGCAUCAAAAUUAUCUGAUAAUUCAGCAGGGUACCUCUCCUUAAAUGAGCUUCAUCAGAAGCAUGCUGGCCACUGGAAGUGAUUGUCUCACCCAAAUCCUUUCCAUCACUGAAGCCUAGAUACACCACUUUUUUUAAAUUCCUUUAUUGUUAUUAUGGCAAAGUUUGUCAAAUACAACAAGUCAUGUCAUUCUCGUAAACAAUGAUAUAUUCAAUCGGCAUACACCAAUAACCGAAAACAAACAGGACUUAAGAGAUCGUUUGUUGACAAUUUAAAAAUGAAUUUGCCUAUACGGUAGCACUUAUAAACAUUGAAACAAAGGGGCCUAAAGGGCCCAUAGAAACAUAUACCAUUCUAACCAAACAAUGAAGUUUCAUCAAUUGAGGGAGUGACUCUAAUGAUAUCAAGUAAUAUAUAUAAUCUGAAAGACCACAAAUUUCUAUGAUCACUAUAAUUUUAUAACAGCCGAAACGACUGAGGUGCAGAAAAGUAGUAGAAAAAGAAAUAAAUAAAGAAAGAGGAGGGGGUGGGGGAAUUAAAAAAAAGGAGGGGGGGUCGUACUCCCACAAAGUUAACAAAAGCCUGACACAUUGCUCUAAACUGCUGGCAAAUUAAUAAAAUUAGGCUUUAAGCUGGCCACCUCCUGCAGGUACGCGUCUGUGCAUGUGAAAUGUCUCCAGGGCCUCCAAUUGUCUUGGAAUUUUUUUUCCGUAUUCUGGAGAGUAGCUGUCAAUUCCUCCAUUUGGAGAAUAUAAUUGACUUUGGAGUACCACAGGUCCCUGGUUGGUGGUUGAGGCUGCCUCCACAACGCAGGGACACACGCCCUCACUGCAUUGAGGAGUUGCAUUGUGAGCAUCUUCUUGUAUUUCUGAAUAGGUCUCUCUGUCAGGUGUAGGAGACAUGCAGCCGGGUUACUUUUCAACUCUACUGAAGUCAAGUUUUUAGUAGUAGUUGUUACCUUCUCCCAAAAAGAUCCCAGAAUGGGGAAGGACCAAAAGAUGUGGAAAAUCGUACCACCUUCCGCGUUGCACCGCGAGAAGCCCUAUCCAUUUUGUGAAGUAUAUAAGGAAUUCUAUACCAUUGGGAUAACAUUUUGUACCCGAUUUCCUGGUACUGGUUCACCAUGGAGGACUUAUGUACCAAAAUGAGGAUUUUGGCCGUUGCCGUUGUGGAAGCUGAAUCCCUAAGUCCACUUCCCAAUGGCGAACAAAUGUCAGGGCCGGAUCAUCAGUCUGGGUUGUCAAGUAGCUAUAAAGCAGAGACAGCAUGUGUCGAGAAGGUUCCCCCACCCUGCAUAAUGAUUCAAAGGGGUGAGAUCAUGUGGGGUAUAUGGUGCCUUCUGCAGAGACUGCAAAAAAUGUCUGAGUUGGUUGGUGCUUAGACUAUCUAGUGGUGGAUCCGAGAGCCUGGAAAUGGCUGUCAGUGAGGGGAGCCCCCCUGUGACCAAACAUCAACUAAUCAAUGUUUCCCUGAUAGAGUCAGCCAUCUCAUACUUCUGCUGGUAAGUCCGGUAUGAAGUCAGGGUUUCCUAUAAUGGGGGUCAUAGGGGAAGGUAACGAUGAAAGACCCGAGUUUCAGAAGAUCGACCUAACCACUGUAAGGGUAGCACCGAUUAGGGGAUGACUUCUCAUAUCUUCUGGAGGUGGGGAAGUGAGCCAUGGUGACGUCAAUAGAGUAAUGGAGGCAACCUCAAUCUCCAUCCCCACCAACUGUUUGGAGUCCGCAUUGCAAUGCCAAUCCAUGACCCUCGAAAGGUGCACCGCCCUGUAGUACUUGAAGAAGUCGGGGACACCAAUGCCCCCUUUCUCCUUCGGCAUAGAUAAUAAUUGCAUUUUAAUCCUUGGUGACUUAUGGGACCAAAUAAAGUCCCUAAUUAAUGCUCUAAGCUGUUUGAAAAAUACCAAAGGGAUAGGGAUUGGCAUAGCUUGGAGUAUAUACAAAAUCCUCGGGAGGACUGUCAUCUUCAAGGCAUUACACCGUCUGAACCAUGUCAAGAUGCACCACCUUUUGACAUCCAAAAUAGAACUCCCUAUCAUACCCGAAUGAUAAAUCUAGCUCAGCGGUAUCCAAAGAAUAUACAUUACUGCAGGCUUGAAUGGUUGGCACAGCUUGAGAAGUUAAUUGUUUCUGUGUUUUGAAACAGUGAGUCAAGUUAAGGCAUCCAGGAGAGACCUAUUACUC